GGUGAAAGCUUUGAAACAGCAAAGAGAGACACUCAGGCUUUUGAUCGCUUGUACAAAAGAGAUGACUCUGUUUAUCUGACCUUGUACAACAAGGAGGUCUACUACUCAGUUGAUCUGAAACUUGCUGGCCAAAGCUUUAAAGUGUUGCUGGACACAGGGUCAAGUGAUCUCUGGGUCUAUGGAGCUAAUAACCCGUACUGUAGAGCCAACAAUGGACACUCCAAUAGGGAAAGGCUCGUUGAUGCUUCGCCAAAGAAUCUUUGGAAUCUUGGAACUCCAAGUGUUGACAAGAGAGACAGAAGUGAUGCCAGAGAUGUUGAUCCUGCAGAGGCAACCAUUGACUGCGAGAGCAGUGGUGUCUUCCAAGACAAUGGCGAUAAUUUCAAAGAUAAUGGGAAACCGUUCUUCAUUCAAUACGGUGAUUAUAGCUUUGCACUGGGCCGUUGGGGUAGCUCCAGGCUGGAAGUCUCUGGUGCCUCUCUGGUCGACUUCACGUUUGGUUUGGCAAACUUGACCAACAGCAGUGCUCCCGUUUUUGGCAUUGGUUACGUUGGAAAUGAAGCAUCUCAUGGUCAAUUCAUGCAGCAGUACGGGGGUACUUUCGAAUGCGAUAACUUCCCCUUAGCGUUGAAGAACCAGGGUAUUAUCCAGAGAAACUUGUAUUCUCUGUAUUUGAACUCAGUAGAUGCCAAUGGUAAGAUCCUAUUUGGUGCCAUUGACCACGCUAAGUAUCAAGGAGACCUGGUAACGUUACCAUUGGUGAAUGUAUACGCCGAUUAUGGCUUCGCUAAGCCUAUCACCUUUGACGUUGAGAUCCAAUCUCUAGGUAUUACCAUAAAUGGCGAGGAAUCAUCAAUCUUUGAUGAAACCAUAUCUGCCGGUCUCUUGGAUUCCGGUACAACUGUUAACUAUUUACCACCGCGUGCUGUUCAGAGCCUUGCUGAUAAGCUGAAUGCAGAAUGGGACGACACAAUCGGCUGGUAUGUCACUGAUUGUCCAGUAGAGUCUACAGACAUAACUUUGGACUUUCACUUCCAAGGAGUCGCCAUCCAGGUUCCUCUCAACGAUAUGCUUGGAGCUGUUGAUAGCACUCAAGUACGUUGUGCCGUUCUAGUCCGUCCUUCCAGCAGGGUCAUCCUCGGUGACACCUUCUUGAGGCACGCAUACGUCGUCUAUGAUUUGGACGGCUACCAAGUUCAAUUGGCACCCGUAAAGAUCACUGACUCACAGCAAGUUGAAGUGAUAAGU